AUGCCUGGGGAGGAGGAGGAGCUAGGCCUUGGGGGAAGGCCCAGCUACCUGGAGGAAGAGAUCCUGGCUAAUAAAGCACCAAAGUGUGAGGUGGAGGAAGUCGGGGUUCAGCAGAUGGAGCCGGUGGUUUUGAUUCAGGAUCAGCACAUAGAGGUGGUGGAGCACCGUGCUGUGGUGAGGGAAGGGGUCCUGCGUAGCACGCGUUCUGAUUCUCCUACGCUGGAGCUCAUCUGCAAGUCUGAACCUAAUCCGGUUGAUCUGGUUUACGAGAUAGAUGAGGGACCUUCAUCGUACACAGCUGACAUGAGUGAGACAGAAGACCAGGAGGAAGACGUUUUAAUAAGUGAGGAAGACGUUCCAUUCAAGGAUGACCCCACUGAUGAGACAUACAGACCUCCUCAGUUAGAAAGUGAGGAUGAAGAUGAUGAUGAGGAUAUCUUUAGCGAGGAAGAAAUUUAUAAAGAUGACCCCAGAGACAAGAGUUACAGACCCCAGAUGAACAGGUCAUCUGGAGGAACUAGGCGCAGAGGUCCACGCAGCAGGAAAGAGUCGGGUACUGUGGAAGUGAAGAUGGAAGUGAAGGAGGAGAAUCCAGCUCCAGGCCCAGAAGCACCUAGAAAGAGAGGCCGCAAGCGCAAGGAUGACAAAACUCCAAAACUCCCAAAGAGGCGAAAGAAGCCCCCUCUUCAGUAUGUGCGCUGUGAGAUGGAAGGAUGUGGCACAGUUCUGGCACACCCUAGAUACUUACAGCACCACAUUAAAUAUCAGCACCUUUUAAAGAAGAAAUAUGUGUGUCCGCAUCCCUCCUGUGGGAGGCUGUUCCGUCUGCAGAAGCAGCUGAUGCGUCACGCAAAGCACCACACAGACCAGCGAGAUUAUAUCUGUGAAUACUGCGCCCGAGCAUUUAAGAGCUCCCACAACCUGGCUGUGCACCGCAUGAUCCAUACAGGAGAAAAGCCCUUACAAUGUGAGUUCUGUGGGUUCACUUGCAGACAGAAGGCCUCCCUGAAUUGGCACAUGAAGAAGCAUGAUGCUGAUUCCUUCUACCAGUUCUCCUGUGGCAUCUGCGGGAAGAAGUUUGAGAAGAAGGACAGUGUUGUUGCCCACAAGGCCAAGAGCCAUCCUGAGAUCCUAUUAGCCGAAGCCUUGGCGGCCAACUCUGGCGCUCUCAUCACCGCCAACAACGAACUGCUGCUGCCAGAGACCCCAGCUCCCUUGGUUCCUGGGGCUCCCAUGGCUCUUGAUGCCCCCAUGGCUCUUGUGGCUUCUGCUGCUUCUGAUGCAGCCACCACAGAGGCCCAGGAAGAGCCAGCACCAUCCCAGACCAUCUACACCACCUCCAGCUCUAAGAUUUUAGUGGCUUGCUCCACGCAGCCAGCAGGAGGACUGGCUUCUAACACACAGGUUCCUAUUGAGGAUGCGGACUCUGCAGGACCUUAG